UUGCCAAUCGCCGCUCCUUCCGAAACCGCCUCCCCUCUGAAGCCUUCCUCGCCGUCCCCGUCCCACAAAGACAACAAGAGAGAAGGAGAUGCCGGGCCCCGUCGUCCAGGGAGAAGAAGAGCAGCUCGCCUCAUCCCUCAAGGAGGAACAGCAGCAGCAGAAGCAGGACGAUGCCCCUGUCGUCGAAGACAUCAAGGAGGACGAAGACGAUGAUGAGGAUGACGACGACGAUGAUGACGCCGAAGGUGAGCAAGGAGCAGGUGCAAAUGAAGGCUCCAAGCAGAGCAGGAGUGAGAAAAAGAGCCGCAAGGCAAUGCUGAAGCUUGGGAUGAAAACUGUUACAGGUGUCAGCAGGGUUACCAUUAAGAGAACCAAAAAUAUCUUGUUCAUUAUAUCGAAACCUGAUGUCUUCAAGAGCCCAAACUCUGAGACAUAUAUCAUAUUUGGUGAGGCAAAAAUAGAGGAUCCAAGCUCCCGGCUGCAAACACAAGCUGCCCAGCAGUUCAGGAUGCCAGACCUCAGCAAUGUUAUGGCAAAGCCAGAUGUGUCUGCUGCUGCACCUGCUGAUGAGGAUGAGGAAGAAAUUGAUGAGACUGGAGUGGAGCCUCGUGACAUUGAUCUUGUUAUGACACAGGCUGGUGUGACUAGAGGGAAGGCUGUUAAAGCUCUCAAGACCCACAAUGGGGAUAUUGUCAGUGCUAUAAUGGAGCUCACUGCCUAAUCAGUAAUAUCUGUUUAGACUCAUUUCUUGUUAGAGUUUGCCGCAUUUUUACCCGUAUUGUGUUGGAUAUUAUGAACACUUGCGUAGCAUCACAUUCAGUUGGCUUGGAAAUGAAAUUUUUCAAGUUGUGAGGUGGUGUCCUUAUUACGUGUCCAUGAAAACAUUUCCAUUAUCACAUUGUUUUCAGCUUAUAUCA